CUUUUGUACUUUUUCCCCCUACAAAAGGUGAAGGGAGGAGCCCUGCACUUAAGUAGUCCUUCUCACCCAGUGCCUCCUCUCCCUCUACGAAGAGUCCCUGUUACUAGUAUUUUAAGGGAGGAGUGGUGCAGGCAGCUUGGUAGCUCAUCUUGCCCAUUUGUUGGUGCACAACAGAUGGAAAAGCUGCACUGACUGAGAGCUGAGCUUCCUUCCACCCCCUAAAAAGAAGAAACCAAUCCUCAAGGAGGCAAAGGCUACUGCUUGGCUGCUGCUGGAGGAGCAAAAGGAAGGAAAGGCAGCAGCUAGUAGCUAGCAGCAACCACCAAAGAGGGGGAAUCCUCCUCCCUCUGCUUCAUUGGCUUCUGGCUCUUCUUCCCUUUCACUCACUCCCUUUGCUCCAGAAUCCAUAUAUGGAGUAGCUGCUUCUCUUUUCCCUCUCUCUGAUCUGAAUCUUUUGGCACGUCCAUCUGCUUGUUGAUUUCAUGCUCCUCCCAUCCCACCUACUCUCCCCAACCACACGCACCUUCUCUCCCUGUAUGUUACUUACUGGCAUUGGUAAAUAAAGCGAGUGAACAGUGGUGGUGAGGUGCCCCCGCUCUGGGCAAUUAUUGCCACCUUUGGAGUUUGGAGUCCUCCAAUAGGAGUCUCCUCCUGUGCUGUCUGCAGCAACCACUGUCCCUCCUCCUCCCCUUCCAUCUCCGACCUUCCUGCUCUCGCUCGCUCCCUGUGCCUGAUCCCUUCCCCCGCCUUCCUUCCUCCGCUGCCUCCUCCUGCUCCUAGUGGCUGCUGUUCUUGGAUUCUUAAUUGCAUGCUGUCGCUGCUGCUGUGAUCUCUCUCUUUCUGCUCAUCAUCCAUUCCUUUUCUGCCCCUCCUGUCCUCCUCCACAAGCUUUUCCUCGCAAUCAACUUUUCUUUUCGGUCUCUCACUCUCCCUCUAGUCUGUACUCGCCGCCUCUCGCUCUUCGCUGAGGCUGAGCAGCCGUUGGUUGGUUGUCUCCGACGACCUUCUUGCUUCGGUGCACACAGACGACGCUGCCACAAAGCCGUUUCGCUUCAAGCAGCCAUCGCGAGCUAUCCUGCUUCUCCGUGAGUCCCGACACAAGGAAGAGAAGAUCCCGAGGUACGCAGCGUACGGGAGGCGUCGUUCUCGUCUUGCCAUGGACUGGGACGCCAAGAUGCUCCCCGCGUGGGACCUCGGCACGGUGGUCGGCCCCAGCAGCGGGGGCGGGGGCGGGGUCGUCGCGGCCGCGGGCGGCGGCGGAGGCGGAGGCGGGGCGCUGGACCUGAAGCUGGGCGGGCCGACGAGCUGGAGGGCGGCGAGCACGACCACCGCGGCGGCUGCCCCGUUGCCGUCCCCACCUGCGCCACCGCCGCGGGCGUCGUCGUCGUCGUCCGCGCCGGCGAAGCGGGCGCGCCCGGGGCAGGCGCAGCAGGCGGUGCCGGCGUGCUCCGUGGAGGGGUGCGCGGCGGACCUGUCCAAGGGCCGCGACUACCACCGCCGGCACAAGGUCUGCGAGGCGCACUCCAAGACGCCCGUCGUCACCGUCGCCGGCCAGCAGCAGCGCUUCUGCCAGCAGUGCAGCAGGUUUCAUUCGCUCGGGGAGUUCGAUGAUACGAAGAGGAGCUGCAGGAAGCGCCUUGAUGGACACAACCGGCGCCGCCGCAAGCCGCAGCCGGACCCUCUCAACCCUGGAGGCUUGUUUGCUAACCACCAUGGAGUGACAAGAUUCGCGGCGUACCCACAGCUCUUCGCUUCAUCCUUGGCAGAUCCCAAAUGGCCGGUCGUCAAGACGGAGGCCGACGUGUUCCAAGACCAGUACUACCCGGCCGUCCACCUCAAUGGCGCCGGCUCCCUCUUCCACGGCAAGGACCGGAAGCACUUCCCAUUCCUGACCAACCACCACCACGGCGGCGAAUCGGCAGGGGCCUUCGGCAGCCAGCCAUUCACCAUCACCACCGCUUCCUCAGAGAGCUGCAGCAAGCAAAGCAACGGCAACUGUGCUCUCUCUCUUCUGUCAGACAACCCGACACCGGCACAGACGGCCAUGAUCCCCACCGCGCAGCCCCUCGGCGCCACGCUGCAGUACGGCGGCGCGGCACGGGUCCCCGACGGCGGCGACGUCUCGCUCGCCGGGAUGUCGUACGUGAGGUUGGGAGACAGCAAGCAGGCAUCCAUCCUGACCACAUCUACCAGCCACACCACAGUUGCUUCUCCUGGCCCUGCUACGCAGCUGCAGUACUACUACCAUGUGAGCGGUGGCGAUCAGGGCAACAGCCCGGAUGGUGCCGCCAUUCAGGCCAUUCCCUACUCAUCGUGGUAGACGAUCUCUGAUCCAUCAAGUGCUAGGCAGUCGCUCUUGUUGUUCACCAAAUAUAUCGGUUGUAAUACUAAGUAGUCUUGAUGAUACUGAAAACUUCGACAAGCAAUGUCCAUUCUUUCAGCUUUAAUUAUCCUAAUAGUUCUAAUUUAUGGAAAUCUACCAAAUUACGAUUCA